AUGCCAAUGCCAAUGCCGCUCCAGGCCAAACUAAAGCCGAAGCCGCGAGGCAAAGAAGGCGCUCCCACUGGUGCUUCCACCGCCUUUGAUGUCCCACCUCUGCCGCUGCGCCGCAACACUACGAAUAACACCAACAGCCCCCGAAUCAACAACCGCAACAAUAACCAUAACAAGAACAACAAUACCACCACCUCCUCCGGCUUCUCUUCAACCGUCUUCUACUCUGUCACCUACACACCGCUGAAUCUCCCUGGCCAACCCGCAGCCAUGAAGGCCAUGAAGAGUAUGGGCAUGAAUCGCAUGCUGGGGUCCAUCCGGCGCAAACCCAAUAACGAAGUCGUCGACACAUCUCCAGAAACUCGACUCGAUACGCCAGAAGCAAAUGCGACGAGGAACGUGCGAUUGUUCUGCGAAUCUGGAGGGCCAAAUGGCUCGGGCGAAGAAGUUCUCUACCUUCCUACCAUUGUCGAAGCUUGCGAAUCGUCCCCCUCUGCCGCCAAGGAAGCUUCAUACGUAAUCCGAAAGUUCCUCUCAAAGGACAAUUUCUCCAAACCAUACGUCCAGUACAAUGGCAUCAUGCUCAUUCGAAUCCUGGCUGAUAACCCGGGCAAGACAUUCACGAGGAAUAUUGACGCAAAAUUUGUGCAGGCUGUGAAGGAGUUAUUGCGGAUGGGGAGAGAUCCAAGUGUAAAGCAGAUAUUGAUGGAGACUCUGGAUACGUUCGGACGGGAAAAGGCGAAUGAUGAGGGACUCGCACUUCUGAAUGAGAUGUGGAAGAAGGAGCAUGAGAAGAUGGUUAAGAUACAUGGCCCAGCAGGACCACGAACUUUAAACGCUCCUCCUUUCCAAGGAAACGAACAGAACUACUUCUCACGAAAUCACCACAGUCGCCGACUUCCUCAACCACACGAACUGAGCUCCAGAAUCGAAGAAGCGCGCACAUCAGCUGGGCUACUCUCCCAAGUCGUACAAAGCACGCCUCCCUCGGAAAUUAUACAGAACGAACUCGUCCGCGAAUUCGCAGAUCGCUGCCAAAGCGCAAGCAGGAGUAUCCAAGCCUACAUGAUUGCAGAGAACCCCUCUCCCGACAACGAUACAAUGGAAACGCUCAUCGAGACCAACGAGCAACUAAACAAAGCCAUGAACCAGCACCAGCGCGCAAUCCUCGCCGCUCGCAAAGCAGCAGGAUUAGGGAACGGGGAACCGACACCACCACCCAGACCAGACGCUGGGUUUGCCCCUCCUCCUGGUCCACCACCAGGACGAACCGGUUCUGGAUUCGCGGCGCCUCCCGGUCCACCACCUACCCUCUCAAACCCCCAACCUCGAAAAGCAGUCAAGAACCAACCUCCUAUUCCUCCACCAGGUGACUAUGCGCCUACCGGCUCAGACGACGAAAAUCCCUUCUCAGACCCCAAGACCUCAUCAACGCGAACACAUAAUCCGCCAUUCCCUAAGGACGAACCGUCGUCGAAUACGGGCCAAUUCAAUGACAGGCUGGGAAUCGAGCCGUACCAUCCUGGCUUUAGGGAGACGCCGAGUUAUGUCGGUAGACAGGAUAGCUCGAUGGGGAAGGUUACGAUGCAUGCUGCUGUCCCGGAGACGCCUAAUGAGGAUGAUGAGGAUAGGAGGGCGGGAUAUGGUGGGCAGCAGUCUGGGACGAAGGAGCCUGUUUAUAGGUAUUAG